GUGCCGCCGUCGAGAGAAAUGGGUGCUGGCGGUCCUAAAGCCAGCCAUUUUGAGUUGCAUUUUAAAUUAGCAAGCGAGCUAACGAGAAGGCGAUGGACAAGCCGCGUCGGGAAUGGUUUACACGGUUACAUUCACGCCUCGGUGCUGACACUUUACACCGCUUGUAGUCGUCAAUAAAAUGAGCAUUUGCGUGUUGACGUAGCCGACUUCCUCUGUCAUCUAAGCGGUUAGCUUAUUGUCCCGUAGGUCCUAAUGCCAGCCAUUUUGUGUUUGCAUGCACAGCUCAGUAUUUCCAACGUGAGAAUGUGGAGUAGAUGGUGCAGCAUCGUCACUGGCUUUUGUUAUAUUUAUUGUUACUAUGCGGCAUUUUAGCCUUCUAUCUCAUAAAUGCAUCUCGUCAAUGCUGCUAAUUGUGUGGCAGUGACUUACUGUGUGUAAUGCACUGAUUUGUUCUUUUUCUUUUUUGAUCUAGUGAUAAUGUGUCUUUGUUUAUCUAACCAUCUACGACAGCGACCUAUUUUAACAGGCAGAACAAGUGAAUGUUCUGGAUCAGUGGUACUUUUUAUUUUUAUUUUUUUUACACCAAGUAUCAUCUAAAAAAUUAAUAAAUAAAAAAUACUUCUCCAAGUACCACCGUCGUGACCAACGUUAAAAUGUCAUAGCCCUAAAAAAAAUGAGACGGGUUUUAUUCUUAAAAAGUAAUAGUUAAUAAAUGAGGCGAGCCACUUUAACACUGCACUUAUAGAUAUUAAUGACUCAACUGUAUUGCAAUAAAAAUUGACCGAAUUCAAAGUUUUAAAACAAACCCUUCUUAAAGAUUAAAUGCAAAUGUAUUGAACUGAAAAGUCCAAUACAAAUAAACUGCACUUAGGCUGUGAUUCUCCUCGCAUAGGACUCGAGGCCAAUUAAAUGUUGAAGAUCAUCAGGUGUGCCGCAGGAAACUGAACCGAAAAUAAUGAUUGAUUAUUGACUACAAAUAAUGUGUCCUCGUUCAUCUAUCUAUGCCAGCUCGGUCGAGUGUCAAGCGGAACAAUGAAAUACUUUUCCACUAUAUGGCAGACGGUGCAAUUAACUUGUCGUGUCGUGUGUAUCCACCUGUUGCCAUUCAUAAAACAGAGCGAAGGUUUUGUGUUUAGCGCAACAGGCCCAGAUUCCAAGUUGGCAGAAGUAAUUACAUGCUGUAUUGAAGUUGAAGUACAGCUACUUACACUUUUCUGUUCUCAAAUGUAGAGAGUAAAAAGUAAAAGGUCGUCAGAAAAGUAAACACUCAAGUUGGGAAACACUGGUAUAAUUCAUCUUCAGACAGAAAGAUGGCUUCCCCGCAGGCCGGUAGCCCGCCUCCCACGGAGCGAUACACACCUCCGCUGCAAGAUGAGGAGAGCCAACAAGAGGACGAGGCGGCGAGGGACGCGCCUGUGAAGAAACGGGGCAGAGGCCGGCCCCCGAAAUCCAAAGCCUCAUUCAAGUGCUCGUCUUGCGCGGAGGCCUUCAGGAGCGUGUCGGCGCUGCGCGGCCACAAGCUCUCGGCGCAUGCCAAGGAGCGCCCUCAGCAUCACCACGUGUGCGUUCAGUGCCAAAAGACCUUCUCCAGCAAGGCCCAUCUCUCGAAACACGAGAGCACGCACUCGGCCCAGCGGCCCUGUCAGUGCCCCGACUGUCACAAGGCGUACAAGACGCCCACGGAGCUGCGCAACCACAGCCGCUCGCACACGGGCGAGAAACCUUUCGUGUGCGCCGAGUGCGGCAAGGCCUUCAUGCAGGCCAUCUGCCUGAGGAUCCACAUGACGCAGCACAACGGCGAGCGGCCUUACUCCUGCCGCCAGUGCUCCAAAAGCUACCCCACCUUGUCCAAACUCAAGGUGCACAUGCGCUCUCACACCGGAGAGAAGCCGUACUUUUGCGGCGAGUGCGGCAAGAGUUUCGCCGACCCCUCCGUGUUCCGCAAGCACCGACGGAACCACCAGGGCCACCGGCCGUACGCCUGCAACGAGUGCGGUAAAACCUACACGGAGUUGAAGGACCUGAAGAACCACGAGCGCUCCCACACCGGAGAGAAACCCUUUCUGUGCUCUGACUGCGGCAAGGCCUUCUCCCGCUCGUCCUCGUUGGUGUGCCACCAACGCAUCCACUCCCAGAAGAAGCCCUACCAGUGCGAGCAGUGCGGCAAAGGCUUCACGCAGCUCUCCUCCUACCAGUCUCACCUCCGCACGCACUCUGGGGAGAAGCCCUUCCUGUGCCCGCAGUGUGGCAAGAUGUUCUCCGACCCAUCCAGUUUCCGCCGGCACCAGCGAGCCCACCUCGGUUUCAAGCCCUACCCGUGCGAUAAAUGCUCCAAACGAUUCCGACAGCCGGCCGAUCUGGCCGUUCACGAGCGGGUCCACUCCGGAGAGCGGCCUUACAAAUGUCAGAGCUGCGACAAGGCCUUCGUGGCGUCCUGGGAUCUGCGGCGCCAUUUGCUCGUCCACACGGGUCUCCGGCCCUUUUCGUGCACCGAGUGCGACAAGUCGUUCGCCGAGCGCUCCAGCCUCAACAAGCACCGCCGCGUGCACUCGGGAGAGCGGCCGUUCAAAUGCGGCGAGUGUUUGAAGUCGUUCGUGGUGUCCUCCAGCCUGCGCAAACACGAGAGGACUCACUUGGCGGAGCAGGCGCAGCAGCCGAGGCAACCGGAGGAAACGGAGGCCGCGGGCUUCGCCGGCCACCACGCGACUCUCCCGCAGUUCUCCUGCACUCACUGCGACGCCACGUUCGGGACCUGGGACGAAGUGCAGGCGCACGAGAAUCUCCACGCCGUCGACCGGGCUCCGGGCAAGACGGCGGACUCGCACACGUGCGCCACCUGCCAGGCGGAGUUCGCGGAGCCGUCGGAGCUGCAAGAGCACGAGAAGCAGCAUCCCAAACCCAGGCCUCACUUGUGCGCCAGCUGCGGCAAAGGCUUCCUCAACCGGGCCGGCUUGCGCAAGCACCAGAAGAUCCACUCGAGCAGCAAACCUCACAGCUGCUCCCAAUGCGGAAAAGCCUUCCUGUUCCCCGCCUACCUCCGCAAGCACUUACGGACGCACAUGGCCGCCUCGCAAUCCGACUUGAACAUCAUCCACACCGACCCGCUGCCCUCGCCCUCGCCGCCUCCCAGCGACCCGCCGCCUGUCACCGCAGAGGCCGGCGGCAUUUCCCUGACCGUUCCCGUCACUGAGUCUGCCACCGCUUUUCACACUCUGCCGGAGUAUUUGGUCAAGGAGGAAGGACUUUAAACAACAUGUUCAACUAGUGGCCUUAAAUGGAGUUGCAGUAACGGGAACGUGCCCUGCCACGAAUAGCGAGAAACUGCGAGUAAUCGUCGCACCCCUUGGGUUGCAAAGAGCUGGAAAAGCUAUGGUAAAGUUCCAGAAAGUUUCCAGUAAAUUUGAAUGGUCACGAAGAUGGAAAAUUAUGUCAAAAUAUCCCAAUUGAGGGUAUUUUAAUGUAAAGGUAUCAUAUUCGAGCAAAAAAUGUGUGGUUUUGUCAUAAGCAGACAUUCAUGCAACAUAGAUAGCUCUCCUUGCCCACGUGCAAGAGCAUCAUUGUACCUUAAUUGCUCCAGUUUUUGGGAAAUUGAUUUGUCCAGUGGAUGUCCUCGACAGAAUUUUGUUGGUUUUCUUACAAAAAAAUUGCGCACAGAAAAUGAAUUUUAAUAUAAGAAAUGACCAAAAAUGUUUUUUGCUAUGGUUGUCAAGUAUGUUGCUUUUCUAAAACUUGUCCGGCUUUUUUUUUGUAUGAUCGCCUGCAUUUUUGCGAAGGCACAUUGCUGUCUGUGAAAGGUUUUGCAGACAUAUACUGUAUGCCCAUCACUGUAAAAUUCCAUUCAAAAAGUCCGUUUCUCCACAAUAACUUUUCCGUUAAAGCCUGUCCGAAGAUUAUUUGCAUAGUUUUGUAUUCAUGACACCAAACCGUAUUACUGUGUAUCGCUAUUGAGCAUCAGCUAAGAAAAGGCAACUUGCGUUAUCAUUCCAAGAGAAAUAAAAAUCGAAUUUGACACAAA